AUGGUGCGAGCGUACAAAGUAAAAGGGGAAAAGAGGAAAAAGAAAGGAGAGAAUUAUGAUAAGGAAGAAAUAGAGGAGACUUUGGAAGAGGAGUCAGGAAAAAGAGCGAGAACAGAAGCAGACACAGAGUCAGCUCAAUUGCUAUUUCUUCUGAAAUUUGGAUCGAAUCUUAUCAUUGGUAUCAGAGCUCUCAAAUCAAUGGACAAUCGAGUGGCUCAGGCUAUGGAUGAAAUUAAGAAGUUGAUCGUGGGGAAUUUAACUGCAACUGGAGUUCAAAGCCAUGAGGAACCCGUGGAGAAUGAAAGGCCAGAUAUGGGAGGCCAUCGCCCUAGAGGUCAUCAUCAUCCUAAUCGAGAGUACCACACUAAAAUUCCUAUUUUCGAUGGGGUAGGGUUGAAGGAUUGGUUGUACAAAUGUGAACAGAUCUUUGCUUAUGAGGAAAUACCUGAGGAUUCUAAAGUGCGAGCUGUCUCGUGCAAGUUGGAAGGCAGGGCACUACAAUGGCAUCAAUCGUACAUGAAGCACAGGAUCACUAGAGACUGGCCACGAUGGGGAGAGUAUGUAGCUUAUUUGUAUGCCAGAUUUGGAUCUGAAUUGUUUGACGAUCCCAUGGGAGAUUUCAAAGACUUGAGACAGGUAAGUUCAGUACAAGAUUACAUUGAUCUGUUUGAUGAAUUGCUUACUAGAGUGGAGUUGUCUGAGGAGUAUGUUGUUAGUUGUUUUGUGAGGGGAUUGAAACCUGAAAUUGGCCUACCUGUUAAAAUGCUAGCACCUAGAUCAUUAGCUAAGGCUAUUAGUUUAGCCAAAAUUCAGGAACAAACUUUAAUAGUCCAAAAACAAGUCUUCAUGAACACUUCUAUCCCACCCUAUUCUACUAAACCCAUUCCAAAAUUCUCUUCUGUUAAGCCUCAACCUUCACAACCAACCACCUCAAUGACUUCCAGAUUUAGCCAACCUUACAGUAAACCUUCACACACUCAUACCUCAUCUACAAAACCUGCCUACAAAAAUGCUAAAAGGUUAACCCCAGCUGAAAUGGAGGAGAGGAGGAGUCAAGGGCUGUGUUAUAACUGUGAUGAGAAGUAUAGUUUUGGCCACAUAUGUAAGAAUAGGAGACAGUUGUUUUCUAUGGAAGUAGAUGAGGGAGUAGAAGAAGUGGAGUUGGAACAAGAUGUGGUUCUUGAUCCUGUAGAACUACUGUCAAUGAUUGGCCAAGGGACCAUGAGAGUGACUGUAUCAGUCAAAGGCAAGGCUGUGCAAGUUCUGAUUGACACUGGGAGCACUCACAAUUUCUUGGACCUUAAAACUGCCAAGAAAUUAGGGUGUAUAUUGACAGCCAUAGCCCCUUUUGAUGUAUCUGUUGCUGAUGGAAAAAAGGUGCAGAGCAACUAUAUAUGCAAAAAAUUAAUAUGGAAGAUGCAGGGUGUCUCUUUUGAUUCUGACAUGUUAGUGCUACCAAUUGGAGGCUGUAGUAUGGUGUUAGGAGUCCAAUGGUUGAUUACAUUGGGAGACAUUAUAUGGAAUUUCAGAAAACUUAGGAUGGAAUUCAGUAUUAUGGGGUAUAAGGUGUCCUUAAGGGGAGUGCAACCUCCAGCAACAAAAAUGAUUCAACAGGCUAGCAUGGAUAAGUUGUUGGCCAAACCUGCUGAACUGUGCAUGAUUUCUGUGGGACUCUUCUUUAAGUCUCAACAGAAUGAGGUGGAGAUCAGCCUGUUAUCAAUGGAGAACUUACCAAAGGAACCUAAUAUGAACUGGGAGGUGCAGGCCAUAUUACAGAAGUACCCUAAUAUUCAGAAAAAUGAAAUUGAGAAGAUGGUGAAUGAGAUGUUAACCUCUGGAGUUAUCAGACAUAGCACUAGCCCAUAUUCAUCCCCUAUUGUGAUGGGAAUUGAACAGCUGCACAGUAAGUUCCUAAUCCCUGUGAUUGUGGAGCUGCUGGAUGAAUUGUAUGGUGCUAAGUAUUUUUCUAAGCUGGAUUUAAGAUCAGGAUACCACCAAAUAAGAAUGUUUGAACCAGAUAUUCCCAAAACUGCUUUUAGAAACCACCAUGGCCAUUAUGAAUUCAUGGUCAUGCCCUUUGGUUUAACAAAUGCUCCCUCUACUUUUCAAAGCCUAAUGAAUCAGAUUUUUCACAACUUCCUUAGGAAGUUCAUCCUAGUCUUUUUUGAUGACAUCCUAAUAUAUAGCCAUAGCUGGAAUGACCAUUUGCUGCAUUUGGAAGAGGCUUUUAAGGAGAUUCAUCAGGGAUAUGGUAUCAUUGCAAGGCCCUUAACUGACCUACUCAAAAAGGGUAAUUUCCAAUGGAAUCCUGCAGCAACAAAUGCCUUUGAAGAACUAAAGAAAGCCACCACUUCAGCACCUGUCUUAGCCCUCCCAGACUUCUCAAAGCAAUUCACAGUAGAGACUGAUGCUUCUGGUGGAGGAAUUGGAGUUGUUUUAGCUCAAGAGAGCAGACCUAUUGCUUUCGUUAGCAGAGGAUUAUCAGACAAUAAUAGAGCCCUAUCAGUGUAUGAAAGGGAACUAUUGGCCUUGGUUUCUGCUGUACAAAAGUGGAGGCCCUACUUACUAGGAAGACCAUUCAUCAUCAAAACUGAUCACCAUAACCUUAAGUACUUGUUGCAGCAGAUAAUUACUACCCCUAGUCAACAAAAGUGGCUAGUCAAGUUACUUGGCUAUGAUUAUUCCAUAGCUUACAAAAAAAGGAAGGAGAACAUUGUAGCUGAUGCAUUGUCUAGGAAGGGAGAAGCCAUUCAACUCUACAGCAUCUCUAAUGUCAAUUUUGAUAUUUUGGAGUUAGUCAAAGCUUCAUGGAGCAAAGAUUCUGCACUUCAACAACUUAUCAAGUCUAUACAGGAGGGGCAAGCCACCAAACCUUAUUACAAAUUCCAAAAUGGGAUAUUGAGCAGAAAGAACAAGCUGAUGGUUGGUGCUGAUAAUGCAGUCAGAGCUAAGCUUCUGUCAUUUUACCAUUAUAGUCCUAUUGGUGGUCAUUCUAGUAUUACUGCCACCUUGAAGAGGAUCAAACAGGACUUUUAUUGGAAGAAAUUGAAGCAGGAUGUUUAUACUCAUGUAAGAAGUUGUGAUGUUUAUAAGGUGUGGCAAGAUAUUUCAAUGGAUUUCAUUGAGGGUCUUCCUAAGGCUGCUGGGAAGGAGGUGACUUUUGUAGUAGUGGAUCGUUUGAGUAAGGCUGUCUGUUUCAUAGCUCUCAAACAUCCCUACACUACCUUGGAGGUAGCUCAAGUGUUUAUGGAUCAAGUAUUCAGACUUCAUGGAAUGCCCAAGUCUAUUGUCUCCGAUAGAGAUGCUGUCUUCACCAGCAAAUUCUGGAAGGAAUUAUUCAGAUUGCAGAAAGUUUCACUAUUGACCUCAACAGCUUACCACCCUCAAACAGAUGGCCAAACAGAAGUCGUCAAUAGAUGUGUGGAAAGCUACCUUCGAUGUAUGGCAUUUGAGAAACCAAAAGCAUGGCCACAGUGGUUGCCUUUAGCAGAGUGGUGGUACAACACCACUUAUCAUUCCAGCACUAAUAUGACACCUUAUGAGAAUGAAGUCCAAGCUGAUAAAAGAAGGACUGACAGAUCAUAUGCUGUAGGAGAUUUGGUGUAUGUCAAGCUACAACCCUACAGACAACAUUCUCUUAAGCAGCAUGGUUUUCAGAAACUUUCCUCCAAAUAUUUUGGACCCUUCAAGGUUAUUGCUAAAGUAGGAGCUGUAGCAUAUACUUUGGACCUUCCUGUGGGCACAAAGAUCCAUCCUACAUUCCACAUUUCACAGCUGAAAAAGAAGAUUAGAUCUAACCCUGCUUCAGUCACGUUACCUGUGGUACUCUCUGAAGAGGGUCAUGUCCUACUAGAACCUGAAGCCAUACUUGACAGGCGUUUGAUACAUAAGCAUGGGAAGGAGGCAGUUGAACGAGUUGUAGAUUUACUGGCUGGUAUUCCGGUUGUUUCAACUGAUCAAAGCACCAAACCUGGUGUUAUUUUCAUCAUCGAAAGAGCUUCUCUGGAAAUUGCUAAAAUUGGAAAGACUUACCAACUUCUCAACUCAGAUGAACAUUCCAACUUUCUUAAGAAGAAUAAUCGAAACCCUUCUGAUUAUCGACCUGAUAUUGCUCAUCAGGCAAUGCUUUCAAUUUUAGAUAGCCGGGUGAAUAAAGCUGGGAGAUUAAAAGCUUUGUAUGUGAAGACUGAGAAAGGCGUCCUAUUUGAAGUAAAACCUCAUGUUCGUAUCCCUAGGACGUUUAAACGAUUUGCUGGCAUUAUGUUGCAGCUGCUAGAAAAGCUGAGCAUAACUGCUGUCGGUAAGCGAGAGAAACUGUUACGUGUUAGAGAAAACCCUGUUUCGCGGUACCUACCCAUCGACUGUCGGAAGAUAGGCUUCUCUCAUAGUUCUGAGAAGCUGGUGGAUAUUCAGGAAUAUGUUAAUGGCAUCAACAAGGACAUGAACCUUGUUUUUGUGGUUGGGGCAAUGGCCCACGGGAAAAUUGAUAAAGAUUAUGUCGAAGAUUAUCUAUCGAUUUCUGAUUAUCCAUUGAGUGCUGCAUACUGCAUAUCCAUGAUCACAAAUGCUGUGGAGCGCAAAUGGAAGAUUUUGUAGACUUGUACCUUACUCUGGUCUUUGUUGCAACAUGUACUUGAAUGUUUUGUUUGUUUUUUUCCUAUAGGUUUUUCUGGUUGGUUAAUCUAUUAUUAUGUAAAAUAUUUAAGAAGUGUUUAAUGGUUCUCUUCUACAUUUUGGAAUGCCCUUUGCUCGUUUACAAUUAAUUUGAAGCGACCAUCUUCUUCUCAUUGUCA